AGGGAGAAAGAUGGCGCCUACACACGUACUGAGAUGCUGUCAACGGGGUCUAGCAUGGAUACCUGUUAUUUUUAUCGCCCUGGUCGUCUGCUGGUCGUACUACGCUUAUGUGGUGGAGCUUUGUAUAUUCACCAUCCCAAGUAUAGGAGAGAAGAUCGUCUACCUGAUCUUCUUCCAUCUCUCUUUCAUCAUGUUUGUAUGGUCUUACUGGAAGACCAUCUUCACCAAGCCUGCAAACCCUUCCAAAGAGUUUUGCCUGCCCAAGGCUGAGAAGGAACGUUAUGAGAAGGAAGAGAGGCCAGAGUCCCAGCAAGAGAUCCUAUGGCGGGCUGCCACCAGUCUGCCUCUGUACACCCGCACAGGAGCUGGAGCAAUCCGUUACUGUGACCGCUGUCAAGUUAUCAAGCCAGACCGGUGUCACCACUGCUCCGCGUGCGACAUGUGUGUGCUGAAGAUGGACCACCAUUGUCCCUGGGUGAACAACUGUGUGGGAUUCUCCAACUACAAGUUUUUCAUCCUUUUCCUGGCUUACUCGCUGGUGUACUGUUUGUUCAUUGCAGCCACCGUACUGCAGUAUUUCAUAAAGUUCUGGACACUUUGCCGGAGGAAAUCGGCAGAGAACUGCCCAAAGAACGAGCUGCCAGACACUCACGCCAAAUUCCACGUCUUGUUCCUUUUCUUUGUGGCGGCCAUGUUCUGCAUCAGCAUCCUGUCCCUCUUCAGCUACCACCUGUGGCUCGUAGGGAAGAACAGGUCCACUAUAGAGGCGUUUAGAGCACCAGUCUUUAGGACGGGCUCUGAUAAGAACGGCUUCUCUCUGGGUUUCCGGAAGAACAUCGCUCAGGUCUUUGGAGACCAGAAGAAGUACUGGCUGCUGCCUGUAUUCACCAGUCAAGGAGACGGCCUGACAUUCCCAACACGCUUGGUCAAUGCUGAUGUAGAGCAGGCCACAGUGACCCUGCAACCAGAGCCCAAUAAAAGUGCUGCUGAUGUCCCUGUGAGUCCCCUCAGUGAGUCCCAGAACCGCCUCCUGAGCAAUGACCAGCAUGCCAACAACACCGAAAACCAUCUGGCUAACAACACCCUCAAGUCAGCUGAAAGUGACACCAUCACAAUUUCCGUGGAGAGCGAGUCCUAACCAGGAGAAACUCCACGGUCAUCUAAUACGAAGCCUUAAGCAACGCAACAGUCUCCCAGCGCAACCUCAUCCCCAUCGACCUGUUCAGAGUAAAUAUGGAAAUGCAUUUCUUUCACCCAUCGCAGCACCGUAAUGCGUCUAUGGCAUUGGCAUCUUUAUCGCAUGCAGUGCAGUUGUCACACUCAACCCCCACAGGACAUGUGACACAAACUGGGUCCCUCUCACACACACAUACUCAUGCUAACAGUCACAUAUCCAACUCUAUACAUAUUUCCUUGUUAUUGUUUUUUUGCAUUUUGAAGAUCAACAUCCCGGAGGGAAUGUGAGCUACAUUUUUAUGGUUUAAUGGUAAAUCCUUUUUUUUUUUGUGCCAAAUGCGUCCUGGUCGCACCAGAACUCAGUUUUAUUGGCACAAAGCUGCCGUGAAGAGUGGGAGGAGAGCUGGAGCAGUGUGUUUGUGUUUUGAUCAUUUCUCCCUUGUGUUAUAAGAAAAGGCAGUACAUUGCGGAGAUGGAUCAGUUUACCUGUGUGACCUUUUUUUUUUUUUUUUUGAACUCAAAACGGUUGGAGCGCAUCUGUGGUCCGCACCUUUUUCAGAUGGAUGUUUCCCACCAAAACUCGGAAUAUCUUACAGAGGACUCUCACUGCAUGGUUCAGUGGACUGGGCCAGUGCAUCACAGGGAAGACUGUAGCUGGGUUUUGGAUUGGUGUUUUUGGAUAUCAGAGCACAAGAUGGCACAUUUGCACUUUGUAGAUUAUCAAUGUCCAUCAAACAGCGUGCUGCUUCUUUUUAUCAUGUCCAAAAGAGCAUCCUGGGUUUAAUGGAUGUUGGAUGAUCAUGUGAUUUAUGGUGUAUUGUUUGUGUGUGUGUGUGUGUGUGUGUGUGUGAAUGUGUUUAACAGUUGAAGUAGCAGUUUUUUUUUCUUUUUUCUUCUUUUUUUUUUAACGGACUAACAGAAACUAAAAGAAUCCGCUUUAUGUGUUUUCGUGGCCAACGUGUGUUAAAACAUGCUGCUUCUAAAUGGACGGUUUGACCUGGGAGAUGUAUUUCACACAGUGCAAUGUGCGGCGUCCAUCUCUACCUGCUCUCUCAGAGUCAGCCAAUUGUGUCAAACGCCGAUCAGUGAUUCCCACAAUGUCUGCAUCCUGUUUUUUCUACAGCUUCAGCCUUUACCGAGACACCUACACUCAUUGCCAAAUAAGGGCUGACCUGUCAGGAGCUCUGACCUCUGAACCUGAAGUGUUUACAACAUCCUAGCUUUAUCUUCACUGGCCAAUGUCAUCAUGACCAAACUCUCUUCACCAGUCGCUGUGGCGAAAUAUGUAUUUUUCCCAAGGUUCUUCUGUCCCUCCUGCCUGUCGUGGGCCAUGAUGUCCCCUGCAAUACCAGUGCUCACCAGCAGGUGGCGACAAUGUUCCUGUUAUCGGAACUUGAUCGGUCUCAAUUCACUUUCAGGUGCAGCUUUCUGCAAAAUUAAACAUUUUCACAAUGUGUGACUAAUAUGCAUUAUCUUCCUAUACUAACAUCCAUAUUUAAUUUGAGAUGAAAGUGAAUUGAACCCGUCUGAUUUACUCAACAGCUUCUGCUCACCUUGUCUACUCAGUAUGUAUUUUGAGAGUCAGCUCAGUAUCGUGACCUCCAACUGUUAAAAGGAUCCUCAGCUUGUGUAAGACUCAACAGUGAUUUGUCUUGUAUAGGGCUGCAGCUAAUGAUUAUAGUCAUUAUUGGUCAAUCUGCCAAUCAUUUUCACGAUUAAUUGAUUAAUUGUUUAAGCUAUAAAAUGUAAAAAAAAAAAAAAAAAAAAAAAAUUCCUGGAGCCUAAAAUGACAUCUUCAGAUUGCUUAUUUUGUCAAACCAACCGUCAAAAACCCAAAGACUCUUCAUUUUCCAUCAUAACGAUCAAAGAAAAGCGGCAAAUCCUUACAUUUAAGAAGAUUGAACCGGGAAAUGGUUGACACUUUUUGCUUAAAAAAAAUGGCUCAAACAAUUAAUUGAUCACGAAAAUAGCUGGAAAUUCUUUUGCGAUCGUUGCAGCUCUCGUCUUGUAUCAGUAUUGAACAUCGGGUAUGGUGAAGGAAGAGAAAUUAUAUUUAAUAACUCAUGUGCAUCUCAACAUGUGAAUAUAUGUUAAUGAACUGACCAUUCUGUAAGCAUAACCAAAUAACAGUCGUUCAGGAAUGAGUUACAUCCUUUUUCUGAGGAAUUUUGUUAUUUAUAUGCAACUUUCCGAUUCACAUUGGAGGGAGAGCCAGCGAUUUCAGGAUGUCUGUCAUUGCUCUACCAGACUCGGUGAUGUCCAAGUUUACAGCUGUUUCUAUCAUGUGGAGUGAGUUUGUGGUGUUGUAUGGUGAAUUUCUUGGUAAUCAUUGUCUCACUUAGUACUGUAUGUACCACAGAUGGAACAAUACGAUGAGAUGGUGGAGGAAAUAAACAGCCCUCUCUGUAGAAUUUAUGGUUAAUUUUUAAACUUCCAAUCAUGUUUGACCCAAAUGUAUUUAUAAUUACUCUUUACAAACAGGUGAUUGAAGGACAUUGUUUGGAUUAUGCUCACUGUGGCCAAGUAUCAGAAUCACACUGUGGCUUCAUCUCAACCAAGCAAAUGAAAUUGCUGUCAGAGAUCACGAUCCAAGCCAAGGUUGUGGUCUGAUCAUGAAUAGAUCUUUUCUAAAACUUCCCACAGUUAAAGAAAAAGACAAAAAAAAAAAAAAGAAAAGAAAAACGAUGUAUCUGUAAGGAGCCUGGCUCGUUCAAUUUGUUCAAAUUGCCUAUAUUCUCUCUCUGGGCUGUUUGGCCUCGAAACUAAAGUGCGCGUGUGUAUUUUGUAAUGCUUACUUGAGUGUUCUUUUGUAAUAUUGUCGUCUUGGGAGAAAUGCUUCUGUGCAGCCAUGAGAUUUUUACAUGUGUGUGUACAUACAUAACGUCUGACUAAUGCUCAAAAGCAUGGCGCCUAACUUCUGUAAAAAUGUGUUUACCGUGAUAAUGAGGAUGAUGGCGUUAAAACAGACAGUGGGGUUUUUUUUCCAACUAUUGCUAGGUGCGUCAUGUUUUGAAUUAGCUUUACUCUGGUUUGUCUUAUAAAUGAAGCCAUAAGAACUCCUGUGAAAACGGAGAAAAGGAUCUCAAAAAAAAAAAAAAAAAUUCAGUCUGAUUUCAGUUAUUAUUUUUUUUAAGACUGACAAAAACAUUUUACAUCUGUAUUCAUAUUGCAGAUGUAGCCUAUCAUAACUUGCUUAUUGCUACAUUUUGGUUUCUUUUUGUUACUAUGUCCUAUUUUACAAUGUGUGUAAAUAUAUAUUGAUAAUGUAUGAAAAAGACUACAUAUAUAUUUUUCUUGUCUGAUUAAUUUUACUGUUCCUAUUUUGUGAAUGAAGUACAUGCCUCCACACAAUUAACGUGAAAAUAACAAUAAAUGUUUUUUUUAAACCUCCA